AUGGAGAGCAAUAGAAAUGAAGCUUAUAAAGACAGCUCAGAGAGUAAAGUGGAACUGCAUGGGAAACUCAUAGAAGUUGAACAUUCAGUCCCUAAGAGACAACGGAGUCGGAAACUUCAGAUCAGAAAUAUCCCGCCUCAUUUGCAGUGGGAGGUGCUGGAUAGUUUGUUAGCUCAGUAUGGAACAGUGGAGAACUGUGAGCAAGUGAACACUGACACAGAGACUGCGGUUGUAAAUGUAACAUAUGCCAAUAAGGACCAGGCUAGACAAGCAAUAGAAAAACUGAAUGGGUUUCAGCUUGAAAAUUAUUCCCUGAAAGUUGCAUAUAUCCCUGAUGAAAUGGCAGCACAACAACCCCCACAACAGCAUCCACAGGGGAGGCGUGGAUUUGGACAGAGGGGUCCUCCAAGGCAGGGAUCACCUGGUGCAACUACGAGGCAGAAACCACAAUCAGAUGUUCCACUGCGGAUGCUGGUUCCCACACAGUUUGUUGGAGCCAUUAUUGGGAAAGAAGGAGCAACUAUUAGAAAUAUCACAAAGCAGACACAGUCCAAAAUUGAUAUUCAUCGUAAAGAAAAUGCAGGUGCUGCAGAGAAACCAAUUACCAUCCACUCUACUCCUGAGGGCUGCUCAACAGCUUGCAAAAUUAUCAUGGAGAUCAUGCAAAAAGAAGCUCAGGAUACGAAAUUUACAGAAGAAAUUCCCUUGAAGAUCUUAGCACACAACAACUUUGUUGGCCGGCUUAUUGGCAAAGAAGGAAGAAACCUGAAGAAAAUUGAACAAGAUACAGAUACUAAAAUCACAAUAUCUCCAUUACAGGAUUUGACACUCUAUAACCCAGAGCGGACUAUUACAGUUAAAGGCAGUAUUGAAACCUGUGCCAAAGCUGAGGAAGAAAUAAUGAAGAAAAUCAGGGAGUCCUAUGAAAAUGAUAUUGCUGCUAUGAAUCUUCAAGCACAUUUAAUUCCUGGAUUAAAUCUGAAUGCCUUGGGUCUGUUCCCACCUUCUUCUUCAGGAAUACCACCUCCUGCAGUGAGUGUUGCAUCUGCUGCUGCUGCUGCUUCGUAUCCGCCAUUUGGGCAACAGCCAGAGUCUGAGACUGUUCAUCUGUUCAUCCCAGCCUUGGCAGUAGGAGCCAUUAUCGGCAAGCAGGGACAGCACAUCAAACAGCUCUCUCGUUUUGCAGGUGCAUCUAUUAAGAUUGCUCCUGCCGAAGGACCAGAUGCGAAGAUGAGAAUGGUUAUCAUCACUGGACCUCCAGAGGCUCAGUUUAAGGUAAAGUAUAAAAAUGUCCCUCCAGUUUGUUAAUAUGUAGCAGACUUGGC